AAUGCUAAUUCUGUGGAUUGUAGCAGACAGUAUACUACAUUGACUGAGUGACUGCUUGUAGUAAUAUUAACACUGACAGAGAUAUACAUAAUAUAUCACCUAAAGGUGCUAUAUAACAAGAGCGUUAUCUGAUUGUUGGGCUGUAUGAUAAAUAAUAUACCAACUGUUGGAGUCUAACGAUACACACAAAAUAUCUGCACAUAUAAAUAUGUUAAUUAAAUGCAUAACAAUUAUUGUAUUUAAGGUAUGAAUAACACUAAAUAAUAAAAAGAACAUUACAGCGGACAAUUUUUCAAAAUUUCUGUAAUUUAUAAACUGUGGCACUGAAAAAGAAAUAUUUGUGUGCAAUUAAGGUGUUCAGUUGGUAUUUGUGAUCCGCAUUUGCACGUGCUGGAUUGUUAUUCAUAUCAACAGUGACAGGACACUUUCAAAAGGGUUUGUGCAUAAGGACAAGGCUGUGGCACAAUUUUGUGAUUUUCACAUUCAAGUUCAUUUGAGAAUUGGUUAUUCGGAAAUAGCAAGAAAAGGUUAAGGUCACCAAUGUCAUGACCAACUGGCUAAGAAUCUGACCAUAUCUCAACCUCCUUCACUGAACCAGCUACCUCUCUUGACAACCAUCAACAAUGGAGGACCUAGACAGUGUGUCCAAUGUUACAGACUUCUUCAACAUGUCCAGCAUAUUUUCUAACGAAUCAAACUUUAGUACAGUUGCGCCGAGGCUAGUGCCUGACAUGAACCCGCAACUUCGUGACCUCAUUUACAAUCACCUCGGACCAAGCGUUUGCAUCUUUGGCAUGCUAACAAACAUUAUCAACCUAAUUGUGUUGACAAACAAUGACCUCCCAGAAUCUCCAUACACGUACUUAACAGGUCUUGCCACCGUGGACUUUGGAGCUUUGCUACUCUCCUUCGUUUACAUGAAGUUUUCAAAAGACGUGUUUUCAUACGAGUGGCGUUUCUUCGACGCCUACAUAUUCAUAGGUCUGGUGAACAUCUGCACCACAUCCAGCAUUUGGAUCACGGUUCAGUUAACCGUUGAGCGCUACCUGUUUGUGCGUCACCCACUGUGGGCCAAGGAUAUGUGUGACCGCGCCAGUGCAAAGGUCAAGAUUCUGAUCACCAUAGGGUCAUCAGCGGUCUUCAACAUCCCUCGAUUCUUGUGCUUCAAACCAAUGUUGCAUGAGCCAAAGGGCUGGUUGCUGGGCUCAACAGAAUUCCGCACAAGUAAGAUAUUCCUCGGGAUCAACUGGGUGUACAGUAUUGGGAUCCAUUUCCUGCCUCUUGCAAUUCUCAGCUGUGCAAACAUCUACCUGGUGUUUGCUGUCCAUCAGGCAGGUCAGCAACGUCAGAAGCUUCAGAUACGCAACAACCGUGAGGCGGCCUGGCAGCGUGAGCAGAGGCGCCUCACAAUCACCCUGAUCAGCAUCGUGUUUCUUUUCAUCAUCUGCAUUAUUCCAUCCGCCUUCUCCGACCGUCCAAUCGCAUAUGCUCUCUUUGGUGGCUCGAAAUCAGAAACGGAGUUCGUGGCAUCCAGUGUCUACUACAGCAUACAGUACAUAGCGAACUUCCUCGUCUGGGUCGAGCUGUCGUUGAAUUUCGUUCUCUACUGCGCAUUCAAUGAGAAAUUCCGAAGGGUGAUGAAGUUCACAGCCAUGAAGUGUGUUAAAAAAAUUCCAGUGCCUUCUUUUUUAGGACAAGGCAGCAGGACAGGUCAAGGUACGCAAUCGAGUACGAGGAACAGUGUCCUGAACACGCACUCCCUCUCUAUUCACUCAAAGGGCUCCCUAGUUCACCAUGAGGCCCAACCGCUGCAGAAGCAAAUGUACCAGGCACACGCAAUCAAGGAAGAAAUGUCAAACGGCAAUGCGCCACUUAUGAAGUCACGUGUUUAGAUAUUAGGGACUUUUUGUGGCAGUGAGAAUAUAUAAGGGUGAUAAACGGUAUAUCUGGUUAUUUUUACACUCAUAAUGCUGUGAGAAGAAAAGCUAUUUUUGAAAUGCCAUUGAAACGUUUAAGGUCUCUCUUCAAGCCAAAGAAGAAAUGACCAAUGGCCAUCCGCCAUAUCUGAAGUCACGUGUUUAGAAAUUAUGGACUCUCUAUGUAGCAGUUAGAAAAUAUGAAGUUGCUAAACCAUAUAUAGAAAUAGUUUUAUGGUCAUAAAGAAAUGGAGAUGGAAAAUGUUCCACUAAUGAAGUCACGUGUUUAAGAAAUAGGGACACUUCAUGUAGUGGUUAGAAUGAGUGUAGGACAUAAGCCCUCUGGGACAUUUGCCCCUAGGACAUAAGCCCCUUUGGACAUGAGCCCCCUAGGACAUUUGCCCCUUAGGACAUUAGCCCCUACCUAUUUUUACAUUCAUUUUUAGGUAUUUAAUUUCAUAUUAUUUUUUUUUAUCGAAUCAAUGGUGUUUUUUUUUUUAAACAGCAAGGUAAUUUUUCGACUUCUGGAUGGUGUCAGAUAGGUAAAUGUUUGCAAAAUAAAUAGAGUCCAAAGAAAAAAAUAGUAAAGAAAUUGUAAAAAAACACACUAAAAUGUACGUGUGUGGUACAAGCUAUAAUAUUGUUUGUAUUUACAUAUGAAAUUUAAAAAAUGGAAUAAAAAUGCUUACUUAAAAAAAGUUUUGAACGUUUUAAAACACCUGGGGGCUAAUGUCCAAGCGUGCACUUUUUUGAAGGGGCUUUUAAUUGUCCUAGGGGCUUUUGUCCUAGGGGCUAAUGUCCUAGAGGGCUAAUGUCCCUACCCCGGUUAGAAUAUAUGAUGGUGUUGUACCAUUAAUGCAGUUAUUUUGCAGGCAUAAAGUCCUCACUAAUUUGGGGUCCUAUUGGCUUAAGAAUGGCAACAGGCCUUUUAUGAAGUCACACGUUUAGAAAAAAAAGAACCCUUAUGUGGCAGUUAGCAUAUUUGAGGGUGUUAUACCAUAUAUCCAGUUAUUUUCACUGAAAUUAAGGUGUCACUAAUUUGGGGUACCAUUUGCUGGGCAAUGGCAACAUAAAAUCACAUGUUUUAAACAUAAGGCCUCCUAUGUAGCAGUUGAAUUUACCAGGGUGGUAUAACAUUUAUCCAGUUAAUUUCACAGUCUUGGUUCUAAGUUCAUUGUUUGAAUUUUUAUAUUUUUUAUGUAUUUCAUGUCCCAAACUAAAAAAAAUAUAUAGUGCUUAUUAAAAAAAAUUGUGUUAAUUGUUAAAUUGUUAGCUAUUGUAAAUUGUUUGUUAAAUAAUGUGCUGUUGUAAAUUCUUUGUUGACCGUGUUAUUGUUCUCAAUUCAUUUAUCAGUGCCAUAAAUCUGUAAAUACUCACAACAUUAUCUUGAUUUGUUGUAAUGUACAUUUCUUUAUGCUUUUUUGUUUAUCAAAAUUGUUUCUACCCAGUAUUUGUAAGUCUUUUACUGAACAUAACUUGUAUCUUUUUACAAAUUUUGUAAACAACAUAUCUAUGAAAGAUGUGUAAAAAAGCAAAGUGGAAAUUUUAAUUCCUAUUUGGGAAAAAAACAAUGAAAAUACUCUAUCAAAUAGAUUGAGCACAUUUAAUGGCAUACAUGUAUUUACAUGUCUAUUGAAACCUCCAUGAUUCCACUUGGGAGUCAUGAUUCACAGAACUGAAUCUUAAUCCUUUGCAUGCUGGGAAAUUUGUCGUCUGCUAAAAUGUUGUCUGCUGAAUUUCUAAAAUUAGCAUUUUCUUCAAUUCUUUUCAAAGAAUACUAUCAAAAUAGCAAACAGUUUGGAUCCUGAUGAGACGCCACAUUCUGUGGCUUCUCAUCUGGAUCCAAACUGUUUGCAAAGGCCUUUAAAAUUCGGUUCCAGCACUAAUUAUAUAACUUGCUGGCAAAAAUUCACGAUUUUCAUAGACUGCAUUUUUAUUUCAAGUCUUUUCAGCCCAAAUGCUCUCUUGUAGGAACAAGUAAGAAGCUUUUGAUGUUAAAUGUCACAUUAAACAGUUUUCAAACUGCCAAAUUCCUAAACAUUUUACUUAAAUGUCAUAAUAAACAGAACACAUUUUGAACAGCAGACAAGCAAAAGACAGUUCAAUUGAACUUGCACUUGGCACAGAUGUGUCCCUUCUGGAAUGAUGUAUUUAUGAGAGCCACAAGACAGCCUCUCCCAGAUGUUAUAUAAUGUCAAACUUUUGUGACAGAUGGGCAGAAUGACGGACGGACAGAAUGAUGUACUGACAACACUAAUUCUAUAUCCCUGCGCCUUUGACACACUACUGAAUUUCGUAUUGAACCAAAGCCUUUUUAAAAGUGAAUACAUACCCAUCUCACUUGCAUUUAUUUUAUGACAUUAUUUGGUUUAUUUUAUAUAACAACAUUUUCCUGGUUCCUGAAUUAAUAUGCUAAAUAUAAUGGAUAGUAAUUGAUGUUGGACUCAAAAUUAGUGACAUGCCAUUAUUUUGACGUCAUGACUGUCAUUAUUCCUGAGAAAUUCUACAUUUUUAGGUAUGCACAGAUAGUGAAAAAGUAUAACAGAGACAGAGAAUUUAUUGGUUUUUGUAGGUUAUCAAUUUUUUUCAUCCACUCAUGAAAAUUAAAAUAAACACCACUAAUGGCUCUGCGAUUCCUAGAAACAUUUUUUUUUUCUGAGCACUAAUGAACUAAAAUUGAUAAUCUACUGAAAACAAAUAAUUAUCCUUUCAUCAAACAAUUAUAUAAAAUAACUAAUUACUCUGAACACUAAUUAACUAAAAUUGAUAAUCUGCUAAAACACAUAUCCUUUUAAUAUCAUUCUUGUUCCAUAAAACAUUUGCAUACCUAAAUACAAGUAAGAAAACAAAAUUCAUUCUACAAAAAGGUAAUGCCUGAUUAGUUAUGCAUUGUCUUUCGUUCACAGUGAUGCCUGGCAAAAAAUGCAGACUUAAUAUGAAUGUCAUUUUUUGUUUAUGUUUUUUUAUCUUCAUGAAGUAAUUAAGCCACACUCUGUGAAAAGGGGGUCUAAUGCAUGCGCGUACAUCGUUGUCCAAGAUUAGCCUGUGCAGUCUGCACAGGCUAAUCAGGGCUGACACUUUCCAUCUUAACUGGAUUUUUGCUUAGAAGAGAUUCUCUUUAAACAAAAAAUAUUAGAAAAGCAGAAAGUUUUUGUGUAGACUGCACAGGCUAGCCUGGGACAAAACCUAACACAAAUGCAUUUAACCCCCUUUUCACAGAGCACGACCCAAUUGAUUAAUAUACGCCAAACUCUUUAGAUUACUUGAAUCAGGAACUUCUCCCCUCCUUUGUUUUCUGUCAUAUUUUUUAUGGCCAGUAAAUGUUGUUUCAAACUUACAUAACGUGUAAGGUAACAAGCCAGAUGGGCUAGUCAUUAUAAAAUGUGAAUUUCAAAGACUGUAAACCAAUAAAUUUAUUUAUUUAUUUAAUUUUCAGAAAACAAAAGAUCUAUCUAUAAUAACGAAUAAGCAAAUACAAAAAUCAUGUUGUGACUGUAACAAAACUAUAUCAUAAAUGUUGUAAAACAAAAUAAUAAUGUUGUUUAAAAUACUCAUUUCUCAUCCAACAACCUUUUAUCAUGCUGUUACCAUACUAUUUGUUGUGGGGUGCAGAAUUUAUAUUCACAUUUUUAUCACUUGUACAUAAUCAUUAUUCCCAUACUGUCAUACGAAAUGAUAUAAAGCUUUCAUUAUUAGUAAUUUUGUUAUAUCCCCCCCCCCCCCCCCCCCCGGGGGCUUUCCACCACCAGAAGGCACUUUUACAACAUAAUAAUUUUGGCUUCAUAUUUUGUAUAACAUUCUUAUUAUAGAUCUUGUCACCAAACAACACCUUAUUAUAAAAGGCCCAAAAUAUGUGAAACAACGUUUCACUUAUUUCCUAUAAAUCAGUUGGUUUGCCAAUAAUUAUCUUUUUUAUCAGAUUUAACUAUAUAAUUAUUUAUAUUAUUAUCUAAUUUCACUAUACAUUUAGUGCAAAAUAUACAUUUUUAUACAUGUUCAUAUCAUUUACAGUUUAAUCUGGUAAAUAACUAAUAAAUGAAAUUGUAAUUCAUUUGUUAUUUUGCAAAUGAUAACCCAUGAGAACAAUACCUGAAAUGAUAACCCAUGAGAACAAUACCUGAAAUGAUAACCCAUGAGAACAAUACCUGUUGCUUUUCUGUCAUGAAUGUUGUUGCUCUGCUUCAAAUAGUUGCUGCUGUUCUGAAUUUGUACACAUUUUUGACAUUAAAUUGUUUGUAAGGCUUUAGCUAUUUCCUGUUGUACAAAUAAAGUAUGGUUCGAAAAAAACAA